AUGUCCGCUCCUACUACCGCAUCCUCGAGUCCGCCCACUGCGACCAGUUCACCGCCUGCGGACGGCGCACAUGGGUGGAACGAACCUUCUAGCGAGGCUACAGAACACUACGGUAAUCCUACAGAGAUCUCAAGCAGCCCUAUUGGAAGCGAGAUAGAACCAACAGCCGAUUAUACCAUGAACACCGUGGGAAGUGAAGACACAGAUAAUUCACGGAUAGUAAUAGAAAGCUCACCCGAAUCAGGCGGCUAUGAGAGUGCAGGUGAUGGUAGAGAUGAGAGCGAAGUGGCAGCUCGGCAUGGCUUUUAUGGUGCAGAAAGUCGCAGACAAAUAAGUUUGCUGCAGCAAGAUACUCCCACGGCUAGACAAACAAGUCACCACUCCAGAGAUCGCAAGAGGCGCUUGACCGGCUCUGCCGAACAGGGUCGAUUGCAACGAACUCGGUCAGGAGAGAUAAAUAGAACCAGUGUGCAUGAAUUGCCGCAUCGAUCAGUCUCCAUGAUCAACCCGUCAUCCCGGACAAACGCUAUCCCGACUGGUUCGGGGUCCUCGCGGGAGACGGCGAUUGAUAUUACCUCGUCCCCACCAGAGGCUGGCCCGUCUGGCAACGCGAGGUACAACAACCAUGACGUUAGUGGGAGUGGAAUGUUUCCUACUCAAGUGACAGCCGGAUCUGUCGGUCUUGGGGGGUCUGGCCCAGUCCGCGCAGGCAUCGACUCGCCAGGGGUAGACGUGCAUGCAUAUCGAUCACGUCCUAUCGAAAACCCGCUUCCUUGUCUUCCACGAGGAGAAAGAUCAAGUGCUAGAUACCAGCCAGCGGAGGUGUUUCCUCAAACAAGUGUUCACCCCUGGGAAGCCGCUGCCUCCGGCUCUGUUCCACGUCCUGGACGUAGACACCAUUCUUCCAGCUUUCAAAAUACCACACUCGAACACGGUUCUCAUCACACAAGGCCACGAGGAGUAUCGGAAGCGAUUCUCAAUUCCAGACGUGAACGUGAACGAGAACGAUAUGCACCCGCUGUCUGGCAAGAAUCAGGCACCGACGAGAGGACUUUACGUGCAUUUUUGUCUGGAGCCCCGGAGACUCAAAGUCUCGCGGAAGCAUUGAGAUCCCCACAUGAAGAAACAGACGUUGAUACAACCUUGCCUGCAUGGCAACCAGAUGCAGAGGUGACAAACUGUCCUAUCUGUGGGACAGCGUUUGGCCUUUGGUACCGAAAGCAUCAUUGUCGAAAGUGUGGUCGGGUUGUUUGCGCGUCCUGUUCUCCUCACCGCAUCACCAUUCCAAGACAAUACAUCGUUCGUCCACCUUGGGAUUCUCUGGCGUCCAACUCUUCCCCUACUCCCCCGCGCCAAGUUGUUGAUUUGACCGAUGAUGAUCCCAUCCCUCUGGCCCCGACAAUCAACCCAGCACUUGGAGGUGGAGAGGAAGUCCGUCUUUGCAAUCCCUGUGUCCCAGAUCCCAACCCUAACCCGCUGGGCUAUGGUGUACGUUCACGCGGUCAUCGUUCUACCUAUUCUUUGCCCUCAAACAUGGGUAACAUAUACACCCGUGAUCAAGCAGACACAGCGAAUCACCAAUUUCGCUACGAAUAUAGCGGAGAGUUUCUUCAAGAACCUCGUUCAACCGCACAGCAAAACCGUCGUGAUCAAGAUUCAGAGCGAGUCCGCCAUCGCCGUUCCCAUCGCGACUCACAGUCUAGCGUCUCAACCCCACGCCAGUCCGCCCCGGCACCCCGCCCUCCAGUCUCAGAGAACGAUCUUUGUCCUAUCUGUGGGCGAAGAUUUCCCGAUAUCAGCUCUUCACAGCCACUCGAGCUGCGAGAAGAGCAUGUCCGACAAUGCAUAGAAAAUUACGGGGCGCCGGCGCCUACGGCAGCACAACCUACCACCUCCACUACAACUACCACACGCCGGGGCCCAGCACCACCACCGCCUCCCCCUCCUCCACCUCCCGCAGCUCGGAUGCUGGAAUUUACCGCUACGGAGAAGGAUUGCCUUGGCGAAGACGGGGGGACGGCUGAGUGCACCAUCUGCAUGGUGGAUUAUGAGGUUGGAGAUGUACUGGUCCGUUUGGAGUGCUUGUGUAAAUUCCACAAACACUGUAUUCUGGACUGGUUCGAUCAUAAGAUGGAGUGCCCAGUACAUAAAGUUAACUAA